ACCAUGAACAGUACCUGCGGCUCCAGGGAGCUCCCCGGGCCCCAGGCGGUCAAGUACAUCUUAUUCAUCUACACGGGCGGGCUCCUGGUGCUGGGUCUGCUGCUCAACGGCCUGGCACUGUGGGUGCUGUGCUGCCGCCUGCUGCGCUGGACAGAGACCCGCGUCUACAUGGCCAACCUGGCCGUGGCUGACCUCUGCCUGCUCUGCGCCCUGCCCUUCUUUCUGCACUUCCUGAAGAGCAGCACAGACUCGCCACUCUGCCAGCUGUCCCAGGGCAUCUACCUGGCCAACAGGUACAUGAGCAUCAGCCUGGUCAUGGCCAUCGCCGUGGACCGCUACGUGGCCGUGCGGCACCCACUGCGAGCCCGCGGGCUCCGCUCCCCACGCCAGGCCGUGGCCGUGUGCGCCGUGCUCUGGGUGCUGGUACUGGGCUCCCUGGUGCUUCGCUGGUUCCUGGAUAUGCAGGACGGCAGCUUCUGCUUCUCCAGCCGCUCCAGGCAGAAAUCCUACAUCGUGGUCUUCUCACUGCUGGGCUUCUACCUGCCGCUGGCCGUGCUGGUCUUCUGCUCUCUGCAGGUGGUGACCGCCCUGGCCCAGAGGCCAGCCGCCGACGCAGUCCAGGCGGAAGCCACCCGGAAGGCCUCCCGCAUGGUCCUGGCAAACCUGGCCGUGUUCGUGGUCUGCUUCCUGCCCUUCCACGUGGUGCUGACUCUGCGCGCGGCCAUGGGCCUGCGCACCUGUGCCAUCGGUCUUGCCCUCCAGAUCACUAGCAGACUCUCGGACGCCAACUGCUGUCUGGACGCCAUCUGCUACUACUUCAUGGCCAAGGAGUUCCAGGAAGCAUCUGCGCUGACCGCCCUCCGCACCAGAGCCAAGGCCCACAAAAGCCAGGACUCUCUGUGUGUGACCUUGGCCUAG